AUGCAUGUGGCUCCAGGACUCGAUGGAAUCGAUGCGGCUGGAGAGGGUGAGUUGAAAGGGGUUCGAACCAGCUUCCGGAGGGGGCUGAAGACGAUUGGCAGAACCAGCAGAACUCGGAAUAAGGCCAAUAACGCUCGACUGUUGUGCUGUCACAAUGUCGCAGUCGUUCUCGUCGGUCGGAAGGUCGGUCCUGGGAUGUUGGAAAGAAAAGGAAAGGAAAGAAAGUUCGAAGGGUGCAGUGCAGCAGAGCAGCAGAGCAGCAGGACGGAGACGGAGACGGAGACGGAGACGGAGUGGAGUAGGUCGCCAGCAGAAGCACAGGCGGUGGGUGGACCAGUCUCGAGUGAGGGCGAGGGCGAGGGCGAAGGCAAGGGAGGCAAAGGCGGUGGAGGGAGUCAAAUCAGGUGGGCCUGA